AUGCCUUUCUUCAAGAAAAUCGUUCGUUUCUUCCGCCGUACCACUUUGACUAGCACCCUCGCUCCAGAGGACUACACCAUGUGGGACGGAAUUCCAGUUUUCACCGACGACGCCAUGGAAGCUCGUUUGAACUCCAAAAAUUGCAUCAAUCUGGAGGACCGCGAGACAGUUCUCAGCUGCUUCGCUUCCUCCGAUUGCAAACUCCAUGGAGAGACCAAGCAUUUUGAGAUUGCGAUGAACCAGACUAAGACAAUGCUUACCGCUGAAAUGAUCACCGAACUAACAUUCUGGAUGGAUGAGUACUCGAAGGCCAAAACCAUCCGUGUCCGUGCCAACCGCGAGCCAAUCAACUUCGAGGCGGUCCUUAAGGGAGCCGUUGUUGUCAAGAGAUACGCUCUCUACCUCACCACCCAAUCCACCGAAUUGAUGCCAAAACCAUAA